CACGCAGCCAUCAGGGAGACAAUUUGUCGACCCGUGAAAUCACACAUGAGAAAAACGUCGUUAAUCGGAGCUUUUAAAUGAAAGUAUGAUCGAGCGAAGCCGUGUGUUUUUGGCGCAUGUUUGUGCGUAAAGCAGCACGCAGCGAUGACAGUACAGUGAAGCUGAUCUCUCAGUGCAUGGUCACUUCUCAUGCACAACGCGUCUGCGGAGAGUACCAUCGGGGCUAUCUGCGUCCUUCACACUUUUCAUGCUUGAGGACAGUCAGGCAAAAAAACAAACAAACAAACAAACAAAACGACAAACAGACGCAAGAAUCGUUAUCUUUCGCUCUUUUGUUUUCCGGACAAUCACUCCGCGUCUGGCGAGGAUCGAAUAAGCUAUCUGAUGGAAACUCGGCGCAUCCGCUUCCUAUCUCGAUGUGAGGAGGCAUCAGGAAACUGAAGAGGAAAGACAACGUGUUGUGAAUACAGAAGAGAGCAACUAUUGACACCUACAGCCCACCAGUCUGCCGUGCGCCUGGAGAAGGCUAAAAGGACAUCCCUGCGAAGGAUUCAGCUUUCUAUCGGUCUAUCACUUCAGCCUGUGACUCAUCCACUAUCCAUAGAUGCCUAUUUACUAGCUAACUAUCUUCACCUUAUCUUGUCGCUCCGUCCCGGAGGUGAAAACUGGCUGCCUGCCAUCGGUUCUCUUCGAGGCGCUCAGAAAACCAGUAGAUUCUACAAAGAUCCCGGAAUCAGACGAGUCACGUUUGUGGCUCUGAUAUGCUCUAAGUUGUUUUUCAUCUGAACCGGACCCAUAUUAUGGCUUCGCUGUACCAGAGAUUCACCGGGAAGAUCAACACGACCAAUUCCUUUCCGCACCCACCUGAGGCCAGCCACCUUCUCGGUGGACAGGUUGCAGACGAGGAAAACGCAGCGAAGACCCCCCAGCAACUCGUAGACGGCAGACCCCACGUCCAGUACCGCAAAAAAUGCCUGAGGGAGGACGAGGACGACCUGGUUGGAAGCGCUCCACCUCAGAGGAACUGGAAGGGAAUAGCCAUCGCCUUGCUGGUCAUCCUCAUCAUCUGCUCGCUGAUUGUCACCUCCGUUAUCCUGCUGACCCCUCGUGAAGAUGACAGCCUCGCCCUUAAGAAGAAAGUAACUGUGGAGGAUGUGUUCGGACCAGACCUCCGAAUCCAUGACCCUGACGCUAAGUGGCUGAAUGACUAUGAAGUGCUGUACCGCACAAGGGAUGGAGACGUCGUCAGGUUUAACGUCAACACAAUGGAGCGACAGGUCAUUGUGCCGAACCAGCUGUUUGACAGAUCCAGAGCCGUCAAAUACCAGUUGUCUCCAGACAUGCAACGCGUGUUGUUUGCAUUUGAAGUGAAGCCGAUCUAUCAACACUCCUACGUGGCCAAGUACAUUAUUUUCAGCCUCGUGUCCCAGGAAACCUUCCCAUUAAAUCCCCCUGAGGUGCCUGAAGCUGUCCUGCAGUUUGCUGGAUGGGGACCCCAGGGCCAGCAGCUGAUCUUCAUAUUUGAAAACAACAUUUACUACAGAGCCACACUGGAGAGCCGAACGAUCCGCCUGGUUUCCACCGGUAAAGAGGGAGUCGUCUUCAACGGUCUUGCUGACUGGCUCUAUGAGGAGGAGAUCCUGCAGACCCACAUAGCCCACUGGUGGUCUCCGGACGGGCUGCGUUUGGCCUACUUGACCAUCAACGACACGCAGGUGCCAAAAAUGGAGGUCCCGUUUUUCACAGGGACACCAUAUCCCACCAGCCUGGACUACCACUACCCCAAGGCUGGGGAAGAGAACCCCGCGGUGCACCUGUCUGUGGUGAGCCUCCACGGUCCCCUUCACACGGUGGUGAUGAAGAAACCUGAUGACCCCCGCAUAGGGAGGGAGUAUUAUAUCACCAUGGUGAAGUGGGCCACAAACACCAAACUGGCUGUCAACUGGCUGAACAGAGCUCAAAACAACUCCAUCCUGACGCUGUGUGAGGCGACCACUGGGGUCUGCAUUAAGAAACACGAGGACGAGAGUGAGAGCUGGUUGCACCGACAGAACGAACCACCACUCUUCUCCCAAGACGGACACAAGUUCUUCUUCACCAGGGCCAUCCCUCAGGGCGGGAGAGGAAAGUUCUUCCACAUCUCUAUGUCCACCUCAUUGCCUAACACUAGCACAGACAUACUUCAGUCGCUGACCUCUGGAGACUGGGACGUCACCAGUAUCUUGGCUUACAACCACAAAAGGAACCUCAUAUACUUCCUGAGCACGGAGGACGACCCCAAGCGGCGGCACUUGUACAGCGCGGACACGAUCCCGCCAUUCAACCGCUGCUGCCUCUCCUGCGAGUUCAAGUGCGGCUACGUGGACGUCUCAUUCAGCCACAACAUGCGGUACUUCCUACUAAACUGUAAAGGGCCAGAUAUACCGAGCGUGGCUAUCUAUAGCACUGAAGACAAACAGAAGGUGUUGGACGUGGAGACCAACGAAAGGGUAAACAACACAUACAACAACAUGCAGAUGCCCCGAGUGGAGUACCAGACCAUCACCAUAGACGACUACACUCUGACGAUGCAGAUUCUGAAGCCGGCUGGUUUUGUAGAUACAGCCCACUACCCUUUACUGCUGCUAGUGGACGGCACGCCGGGCGGGCAGAUGGUGACGGAGCAGUUCCAGGUGGACUGGGCCACUGUCCUGGUCAGCAGCUUCAGCACCAUCGUCAUCCGCUUCGACGGCCACGGCAGCGGAUUCCAGGGCACCAACCUCCUCCACAAGGUCCGCAGGAAACUGGGGAAGCUGGAGGAGAGGGACCAGCUGGAGGCGCUCAGGUUCAUAUCCAAAGAGCCUUACAUUGAUAAAAGUCGAAUGGGAGUUUAUGGAAAGGCCUAUGGGGGUUAUUUAGCGACAAUGCUUCUGAGCUCUGAGGAGUUUACCCAACUUCAGUGUGGAACAGCAGUCUCCCCCAUCACAGAUUUCGAGCUUUAUGCGUCUGCAUUUUCAGAGCGAUACCUCGGCGCAAAGACAGACUCCCGAGUAUACGCGAUGGCGAAUUUAGCACACAGAGCGGGUCAGCUGCUGGGGAAACAGUACUUAAUAAUUCACCCGACUGCCGAUGAGAAGGUUCACUUCCAGCACACGGCCAAAUUUAUCAACCAUCUAAUCAGCGAGAAGGCCAAUUACACUCUACAGAUCUACCCAGAUGAGGGACACUUCCUGCACAGCGACGGGACACGGCAGCACCUGAGCCAAUCCCUGGUCAACUUCUUCGAGGAGUGUUUCCGGGUGCCGGAGGUUCUGAAGGAGGACCAGCAGGAAGACAACGAGGACGACAGUUAAACCUCUGAGCAGCCCCACCCACCCACCUCACCACCACCACCACCACCAACCCCCUAUGCCCCUUUAGGCCAGCUACUACAGCACAAUAUGCAACAGAUGUUUCUAGCCCAGUCGAUCCUCGCCAGCCUCUGUCCACUCUGAUUUGAGCUCUAACCUAGAGUGUGGCGCCUGCAUGUGAAACAAAAGGCGGGCCUCUGCCUACAUCCCCCUCUCCUCACCUGGAGCUGGCAGCCCAUGAGGAAAACCAGCCGGAAAGAGGUUGAGUAAAUCUCAGAUGUGAAGUCACGUCUCCGCUAUUGGAAUAAAUGGACACGCGCUCCCUCUGCUGGACAAAUAGAGGACCAACAACCAACACCCAGCAAAGCCUUGAGCACAAAAUAACCCCCCUUCCCCCCCGCCCUGUGAAGAUAAGUUCAUUAUGUUCAGAUUUAACUUUUAAAAGGCUGCCAGUUUACCUUGCCAACUAACUUACUGAUUAUUGUGUUCAUGAGUAUGAUUAUUGCUACUUGUUUCUCAGAAUUUCUCUGUUCAGUGUCUUACAGUUGUACCGUGUCUGAGUGGACGUCCGGCUGCAUCGGCCCUUAGUUGCUUUCCAAAACGAAAGGCACAAUGUUUAACUUGUGUUGUACUCUUCCCCCUCAGAAGAAAAAGUGUCUCUACAAUAAUCGUAUGAAAUCCUGUUUUUUUUUUUGUUUGUUUGUUUGUUUUCGUCCUUGCAUUUCUCAGUUGUUCUUUUAGUCACCGUGCCUUAUUGUGGGUCAAAUGUUCAUGUUAGGAGCCCACGUGACACUGAAAAUGAGUAAAUGCAGAUAGGCAUGGGCUGAAGUAUUUAUAAGGAAGGUUUGGCACAUUUUAUCUCAAAAAGUUAGAAAGAGUUGAGCAUAAAAUAUAAAAAUGGCAUUAAACUGACACACAGAAAAAAUGUUAACACAAUUUACCUUUACAGUUUCUUGAUGUUUGCCACCCAAACUGGCAUACUAGUGAGUUAAAGCUGAUUUUUUUUUUUUUUUUGAUUAUUUUGUGAAUUACUUUGACGUCUCUGCGUGUUAUCGACCUCUCAUGUCACUUCUGUUAAUAUUGUCAGUGGUUUCUAGUCAGCUGAUGUACAAAGUGUAUAAAACUUAUAUUGUUUAAGUCUUUAUGUUGUAUGUGCAACUUGUAUAUAAAGCAUUUUGAAAUGUA